AUAAGUAAAUAUAGGUAAAUAGGUAAUGACCUAGUUUUUAUAUUUUGAUGCAGGAAUAGAUUGAAGUAAGCCCUAGAAACGCGAGUAGUCUGCAUGCAAUUCAAUAAUUGCAAUGUACUCUUAAAUUAGCAGUUUAAUAUGAAACAAAUAAAAUAAAUAUUUAAAUAAAAAUAAAAUAAAUAAAUAAAAUAGAGAAUGGAGGAAUUGAUUGAAGAAAUAAAAAGUAAGAAAAUUCUCCACUGGAAUUACCGAGGCUUUGAGGAACUGCCUUCAGUGCUUAAACAUUACGGACAUGAGGUCUGUGAGAUCUAUUUGAAGGAAAAUAAAUUGACAUGUUUACCUCCUUGGAUAUGUGAUUUUAGUAAUAUAACUAACUUGUACUUGUCCGGCAACAAGUUAGGUAAAUUUCCAGAGGAAUUGUCGAGGAUGAAUCGGUUGUUAGUUAUCGAUUUGUGUGAUAAUAAUAUUGAGGUACUGCCACAUAGUAUUGAAAAUUUAUCAUCUUUACGUCAGUUGUUACUUGAUGAUAAUUAUUUAAAUCAAUUACCUCUAGAAUUAUUAAAACUAGAACGCUUGGAAAUUUUAUCAUUAUCAAGAAAUAAUUUCAUCACAUUACCAGAAUGGCUGGGGUCAUUAAAAAAAUUAGAUAAAUUAAUAGUCGAUAAUAAUAACUUAGAAGAGAUACCAAAUCGCCUGACACUAGCGUGUUCACUUACCGCAAUCUCCGUUAAAUCAAACAGAUUAAGAUAUUUACCUCUUAACUCGUUUAUAUCGCCCGUUAACAUAACUUUCGACUGCAAUCCGAAUGUCAACUACUUAUCGUACCCGAUUUUGUGCCAACUCCUGGAGCUAGGUUGGGAAGACGGAAAAAAUUGCUUGAUCAAUGGGUGCAAGCUGGCGAUGAGCGUGAAUAAAAAUAUUAAAUUGCUGGUUAAUUUAUGUAGGAUCAAGAAAGACAUUAUUGAAUUACCCAGGCAACUUUUCCAGGUCUUUGGGGUUGAUGUCAAAGUACCUGUGUCUUUAUGGGAAUUGUCCUUAAGGAAUUUAUACAAGAAUAAAGAAGAUGAUUUCUUCGAUAAAUAUCACACAUUAAAGCACGAUAUUUUUUACAAUUUACUAUCAAACGGGCCAAUAAGCAUCUGCUUAAACAGCCACUGCCAGGAACCUAUUUUCACCGAAGCUUGGAUCGUAGUUGGUAAAAGUGAGGAGUGUGUCUUUCUAGUCAUCACACUGUUCUGUUCUCAAAACUGUGCGAGCAUUUUCGAUUUCCAAUCUCACGGAAUAGAAACUCUGACUUGGGAUUACUACAACGGUUAAGAAAAAUCAAAGCUGGACUUUGAGCAAACGUGAUAUAAUAUUUCAUAGAAAUAAAUAUUUAAUAAUAA